AUGUGCACGAGUGUCACGACAAAGAUCUUCGCUCUGCUUUGUGUUUUUCUUCUUGAUGGGACUUUGGCUUCAGUUCAAGCAGAGACACUCCCUGUAUUCCAUUUCACACAGGUUUUGUCCAAGCCUGUCAAUUUGCCGGGCAUCUAUCAAUUCACUGCUAUGGGUCUGCUAGAUGGCAGACAGAUUAACUAUUACAACAGCAAAACUCAGAGAAUGAUUUCCAAACAACAGUGGAUGAACAAGAAAAUGGACCAGGAUUACUGGGAAAUAGGCACCCAGUUGAGUAAGAGCAAAGAACAGUGGUUUAAUGUGAAUAUCGAUAUUCUGAUGGAACUCAUGAGACACAGUGAAUCAGAUCUUCAUGUUCUUCAGAUGAUAACUGGUUGUGAAGUUGAGAUGGAGGGAGACAAAUUGAUCUUUUCCCAAGGCAUUAGACAGUACGGCUAUGAUGGAAAGGACUUCUUGUAUUUUGAUAUUAAGGCGUCUCAAUGGAUCGCCUUAGUUAACGCAGCUGUACCAACCAAAAGAAAAUGGAACGAUAUGCCAAAUAUAAACCGGAACAUCACAGCCAACCUGAUAAGGGUGUGUGUGGCCUUGGUCAUCAUUUUAAGAAAAUAUGCAAACGAGGAGCUCAGAAACGCCUCUCCUCCAGAUGUAUAUGUGUUUGCAAACAUGUAUAUCAGCGACAAAACCAAGCUGAAACUCACCUGUAUGGCCACCGGCUUCUACUCUAAAGAUGUGAUAAUGACCAUUAGGAAAAAUCGCACACCUGUCCCCGAAGAUGAGAUUGAUUCCACACAAAUCAGACCAAACGAAGAUGGGACCUUCCAGCAAAUGAAGAGUGUGGAGAUCAACAAGGAUGAUGAAGUUGAUUGUUUUGUGUCCCACAGAAACUCCAAAGAACCAAUCAUCAUCAAAUGGGAUGGAAAAUGCCAGAACUGCCCACCAGAGGUUGUUGCAGUUUUAUUUGGGUCAGUGAUUGGAGGUGUGCUUUUUGUGGUAAUUCUUUAUUUAGUGGUUUCCAUCUUAAAGAAGAAAAAGAGUACUGACUGUCCAACACACACUUCGACAGUUCAAAUGGAUGAGAUACCAACAGAACAAGACACUGCUGGUGGAUCAGACGUCAACUCAACUGACUAUUGGGACGAUGUUAACCAAGAGUACGAGGACUCCAGACACAGACUGGCAGCUGUGUCCACGGAAGCACUAAUACAAGAAGACGACCUGUGAUACAAAGACAGAGGAAGUUUGAUAAUCCCAAUAUUUCAAAUGAUAUUCUCUGUCUCUUUUAUAAUGGUCUUUGGCUGAGUGACUGAUGUUCUUUAUGCCAGAUAAACAAAGGAAAUUUGUUUAAAGCAAGGAGAGCUUUUCCAGACUGCUUUGACUAUUUCCACCGUUGCUUUUUAACAUUAGCAAAUGAAAUGUCAAACCCACAAAGAGGUCAGCUUUGGAUGUGUUGCAGGAGUUAAAUCUAAUACAUUAAGCUACUGAGCUGUUUGAUCUCAGAUUAGUUAGGUUGAUGCGCUUUCUUUCUCUGAUGUUACAUUGUUUACUUCUCGUAGCAUCUCUCCAUAAUGAACGAGAAGACCAUUCUUCUGUUGUAUCACCAU